AGAGAGAGAGAGACAGGGAGAGAGAGAGAGAGAGAGAGAGAGCAUCUUGAAACCCCCCAACAUCGCUUGUGUGUCGUGAAUUUUUUUUUGAUCAUCUGGAAAAAGGAAAGAAAGAAAAGCAAAAAAGAAAAGAAAAAGAAAGUGUGAACUGACAGAAGCGAUGCGGGGAUGAGGGAGAGCCGAGAGGCGGCAUCGAGCGAUUUGAAAUGUCCGCUGCAGCUGAUUUUUGGGCCAGUAUGCCGGCGUUUUUUUUAAAUCCGUGCACAGUGAGAUUUUGUCGAAUAACGGGAGACCUGCACAGUUGCUGCUGCUGCUGCCGGUACGUGAACGACUUCACACACUGAAGGUAAUAAAAACUCAGCUCGGUGUUCGCGCUUUAAUUUCUUUUUCCAUCCCUCUCUCUCUCCCUCUCUUGCAUCAGUUUGAUGCUGCGUGAGGCUGCUGGGCGAUGAUGCAUCGGUGGGCUUUGACUGUGUGAAUUCGCAUCCUAUCCUUAAGUGUAUUUACCCUGCACGGACUGCUCGCCUCGGCAAUGUAAAUUCGCAAUCAAUUAAGCCGAGUUUUUGCUGACCCACCUUGCGACAAAAAAAAAAAAAAAAAAAGAGAGGAAAGAAAAAAGAAAAAAUGCCUUAUUUCGACGCGAGGUGCGAGGAUGCCUGUAGCUGUGAUUGUGUCAUUGCUGCGGCACACUCCGGAGCUCCUCGGCUCAGACACACAGACACAACUAACCUCAGCUGAAGAGAAGACAGCAAAGCUAUCAAGUGCUUUACCACCCCAACAUAAGCCAUUCAUGUGCAUGUAUGUGGGGGAAAAAGGCCGAGCUGCUGACACUCUCCAGGGGAGGCAUCUAUUGCACUGAGGUUUUCCCCAAGAACUGCUGCCACAUCCCCAAAUCCGUCUGAGGACUGCUGUGAGCUUACAAGCUUCCUGAUGAUUUUUGGAGAGCAGCCCUGAUGCAUCUUGUGAGUGUGAAAACUCAAACAGCCCUUUUGCCAGGUUUGCAGCAUCACCAGACAGGAGACGGAGCAGACGGUAACUCUGUGUGUGUCAUGUUAGAGUCUGGACUCUCGCCUGCUCCCUCCAACUCUCAGCCAAAAUCUCUGACCUGCCCUGUCUGAGCCCUUUUUGUAUGAGCAUCAUUGCUUUGCCACAACAGCACGCCGGGGAGGAAGUGUCAAGCAGCACCAACAGUUUACAGACAUUAUUGCUUGCGUGACUUUGCACCCUCCCCACCCACUCUCAAAAUAAGAGACACCAGAAACCAGGGUCAGGAUGCAGGUGUCUUUCGCCUGCACUGAGCACAACCUCAAGAGUCGCAGUGAGGACCGGCUUUGUGGCCUUCGCACCGCUCCACCUCCUGGAGGAAGCAGUGGAGGAGUAGGGGGAGGUGGUGGCGGAGGAGGAGGUGGUGGUGGUAGUGGAGGAGGAGGUGGUGGAGGUGGAGGAGGAGGAGGGAGUGGACAAGGGAGUAAUGGCAACUAUAUGUCCCAAGGAUCAGUCAAGACCAGGGAGGGGUCCGGGUCCCGUCAGGUUCCACAUGGCCAUGCCCACAUGAAGGAGGCCAUCGGGCGCCACACCAGUAUGAAGUACAGGAACCUGGGGAAGUCGGGCCUACGUGUUUCCUGCCUCGGGUUAGGCACCUGGGUGACAUUUGGAUCGCAGAUCUCUGAUGAGAUGGCUGAGAACCUGAUGGCCAUAGCUUAUGAGAACGGAGUGAACCUGUUUGACACAGCAGAGGUGUAUGCUUCUGGAAGAGCGGAAAUCACUCUAGGGAACAUUAUCAAGAAGAAAGGAUGGAGGCGUUCAAGUUUUGUCAUCACAACAAAGAUUUAUUGGGGAGGCCAAGCAGAGACAGAGAGAGGACUCUCCAGAAAGCACAUUAUUGAAGGUUUAAGAGGAUCCUUAUCAAGACUGCAACUAGAUUAUGUGGACAUCGUUUUUGCCAACAGAAAUGAUGUCAACAGUCCGAUGGAAGAGAUUGUACGGGCCAUGACGUUUGUAAUAAACCAGGGUAUGGCCAUGUACUGGGGAACCUCACGCUGGAGUGCCAUGGAAAUCAUGGAGGCGUACUCUGUGGCACGCCAGUUCAACCUCAUACCACCUGUGUGUGAACAGGCAGAGUAUCACUAUUUCCAGAGGGAUAAAGUCGAGGUGCAGCUUCCCGAGCUCUACCACAAGAUCGGUGUAGGAGCCAUGACCUGGUCUCCACUUGCUUGUGGAUUAAUCACAGGGAAGUACAGUGAUGGUGUACCAGAGUGCUCCAGAGCAGCAAUGAAGGGAUACCAGUGGCUGAAGGAGCGAGUGAACAGCGAGGAGGGCCGCAGGCAGCUCGCUAAAAUCAAGGAGCUCCAUCUACUGGCAGACAGACUGGGCUGCACUGCUGCACAGUUAGCCAUAGCCUGGUGUCUGCGCAGUGAGGGAGUCAGCUCAGUACUUCUGGGUGUUUCUACUGCAGACCAGCUGCUUGAGAACCUGGGUGCCCUCCGGAUUUUAUCUCAAAUGACCCCUCAAACCAUUACUGAGAUUGAUGCCCUGCUGGGAAAUAAGCCACACUCAAAGAAAGAGUUGCGCGCUUGAAGAUGCAAAUCUGAGUGACAGAUGAUGUUUCAAGAAGAUAAGGAAGACAAUGACAUUGGGAAACAUCGCUUUUUGCUCUGCUGUAUACUCAACAACUUGCAUGUCCUCAGCAACAUUAUGCUUCCAGUAUGUGCGCAUAUCCAUUUUGCGCAAUACAUUGUGUCAUGUAUGAAAAAAAGAAGAUCUCUAAAUUGUGAAAAAACAAAAAAAAUAACAGGUCAUAUAUUGCUCACUGCCGAUUGUUCACAGACUAAUUAUUUCUACAGAGAGGGAGGCUUAAGCUGGUUGGAGCAACAGGACUCUGCCGCCCACAGAGACCAAGAGGGGUUGACAGAUAUUCAACUGCUGUCAAAGCGGAUUUGACUCUUGUUAAUCAAAUGUUCUAAAGUGGAAAAAAAAAAACACCUCUGUGCUAAAAUGCAACUUUACUGCGUGAACGGUGCUUUCAUUGGACAUCCGAGUCUCCUCCCCUCGCAGCUGCCUGUUAUUCUGUAUGAUGUUUAGUACCCAGCAGCCAGAGAGCCAAAGGUUAGUACUCAUGUGUCUAGCCUAACAUUUCCCAUAGUGUGCAUGUGACUGGUCUGCCACGCUCACUGCUUUACAGGGUUGGGAACAAUGGAUUACUUGUAGAGCCAGUACAGUGAUCUACCCGUUAAAAAAAAAAAAAAAAAAAAAAACCAGUAAUCCUGUCUCGUGUAAGUUUAAAAAAAGAACAGAUCACAUGCUUUUGAAAAAAGAGAUAAAUUGACACAUUUUUACACAUACUGGAAUAACAAAUUACGGGAUCUAAAUUAAAAUGAAUGGAUCAUAUUGUAGCUGGCUUUUAAAUUAAAGUGCAUUAUGUUAGUUAUAACAACUUAAAUUUGGCAAUCAGGAAUCAGUAGUGGGUGAGAUUUAAAAAGUAACUUUCCCAACCCUGCUGCUUUCUCAGCAGUCUUUUUGCCUCCUCUGUUUGUAAACUGUGCGCAUGUCCCUUUAAGAGAGAAUAGCCCUAACAGGGUGUAAAUGUGGCAUGGCUUUUAUGGCUUAUGUAGAUUUGCAGUGCCCUUGUAAGCCAUUUUUUUUACUCUAAAUGAUCUAGCAGUUCAAUCCAGGAUCUGUGCUGGUGGGCACUCUUGCUUUAAAGACUCUCUGCAGUCUGAAGACACGGCUGUGUGUCCAUCUGACAUAUAAUCUUUGUAUUGUCCUAAACUGUAUCAAAAGAUGUUGACAUCACUUUCAACGAUGCCGUUCCUGCGAAGAGCAUCGUUGUUCCUAAAUCAAAGGUUUUGAGGCAGUUGGACUAUAUGGCAAGGUCACUGAGCAUCCGACACAGAGAUUUGGACACACUGUGGUGAACUAGUAGUUUUCAAAUGAUAGGACAUAAGUCUUGAGUUUAUCAAAUGUGAUAUUACUCUUGCCACAGGUCACUUGGGGUAAGAUUUAGCAAAUGUAACUUUUUUUUUUGUGGAAGCCUGAAAAUAUAGCUUCUCUGCUCAUUUCUCUGGGAGUUUUCUCUCUCUGUAUUAUUUGUUCCCUUGACUCUUGCACACACGCACAACUCAUUUUAUACUGUGCUUUUCAUGUCUAUUCCCUUUAGUUUUGUAUUGACUUCAAUACUUUGUAAUGUGAAGGGAGGAUUUGUUCCUUUUGUGAUUUCCCAUGAAAACAGCACUAAUCUCCAGAGUGGGAUGUGUUUUGAUAAAUGAAGUUGUUUCAGUUGGUACAAGGUUAAAUUGUACUGUAAAUAGGCUUAUCUGUUUGGCAGCGAGAUAACGAGAUAAAAGGUUAAAUGAAUCAUGAAAGAAUUCCUGAAGGAGCAUCUGAAACGUUGCCCCCUCUGUGACUCUGUGAUGAUGUACAGUUCAACUGAGUGUAGCUUCCAGUGUACAUAGAUACUUCAAUCAAACCUUGAAAAUGUAACUUUGCCUGCAUAACUUAUAUUUUACUGUCUUGCAACAAAGAGAAACCAAAAGAGAUAUGAGACUACUUACACUGAAUGUAUCAUGUCUGUUGCUCAAACCUAUCUAACCUAAAGGGACCAAACACACAACAUGUUUCUUUCUGUGUUUGAACCUGUGACAUAAAAAUCUGAAGAGCUGUCGUUGAAACGUCUACAUUGGGAUUCGGACAAAAGGUCAUCCAUUACUAACACAACUAUGGUGACUUUCUUUCAACAUUUUUAUGCAGAUAGAACAAGCAGCAGUAAAUAAUUGCAAUACACGAUUUUAUGAUAAUCAUGAAAAUAUAUACGUCAUACUUCAAAAUGGCACUAAAACAUUAUGGAAUCACUUUACCUUACAUUUAUUUUGUUAAGAAACACAUAUGUUUAUUGAAUCUCAGAUAGGCACCGGAUCUCCCUGCUCUGUAUUUGGGAAUCUAUACUAUUUCCACACAUCUGGUUUAACUUUUUUUAAUAGGCUUCAGCCAUGGUGACAGGCUUAGGAUUUUGGAAUGACUGGAAAGAUGUGGGCUGCCCCUUGAGCCCCUUAUUAAAAAUAAAUCAGGAAAUCAAUAUAAGGCUGUAUGCUGUAACAUGUAAGUCAACCCAUGUAAAGAUAAUCACAAUUAUCCCAAAUCACGAUUAUCACGAUAAUGGAAAUUCCCCACCACAUAUUUUGUAUGUUUUAUCGAUAUAAUAUCAUAUAUUGUCCCAUUCCUAACUAUAAUGCAUACUUACAAAGCUUAUCAAAUAUUGACUAGAGCUUGAACUUGUUUAGUUGCUCCUAUUUCUGCACCCAGUGAGGCUGUAAAUGCCUUUGUGUCGCUGCUUCCUGUAGUUUUACACUGAAAACGGAAGUUUUUGGACAAAUGUAGACACUGUCAGCAACAGGUGUAGAGCAUAGCAAUAGUGCAUCUGUAGGAUAUUAAAUGAAAGAGAUAUAUUCUUUUUGGAGAUGUUUAUAUUCUAGCUAGAUUUAGCACAUUAGUAUCCAUUAACCAUGCAGACUUAGUUUAAGCUGUUAAUUCUAUUCCUGAGUGUUGAGUGAAAUUGUAUUAGUGGACGUGACCAGACUUUCUUUUUAUUAUCCAUGGUUAGAUGUGUGACAAACAGCUUUGUUUUGCAGGCUCACUCAUUAUAUGCAUAACAGAGGCCCAGACCAAAAUGAAGGUUUGAAAAAUGGCACUUUUGAAUUAUUAACCAUGUGUACACACCGAUAUACCAUUGCAUAUCAAAAUACAAAGCAAAUUGCCAUUUAGCAUGUUAUAGUAUGAUAUAGUUUGAGGUUUGGAAAGUAUUGACUCUUAAAUCUAUUUAAUCAGAAGGAGGUCAUUUAUAUGUUAUGGAAAAAUGCCUGUUUUCCAAGGGAUACGCAACAAUCAAGACAUAAAAAGACAACUAUAACAUGCAAAUAACAGGUUGUAAAAAGGUUAGAGCUACCAAGUCAAAGUCAAGACAAUCAAAAAAUAACUCAGACCACAGACUGCUGGACUCCUGUCAUCCUCCCAAAUGUCUGGAAGCUCUUCACCUGUGGGCCCCAGGGUCGUUCAAAUGGAUAGUACAAGAACAAUGUGACAGCCGCGACUCCUCUGUGCUGCUAAAAGAGCAGAGCCUGCUGGGACGACACAUACAGAAAAACAUCUGUGACGCCAACGCUGCUAGCCUCUCUGUUACUGGACUCCCAAAUGUCACCAGAGUGAUAGAUGAAACAUAUGUGUGUGUGUAUUACAGCAAGCUACCCUCUGAUAAACAUUAUCAUAUGUUGGAUGUGUCACCGCCAACGCUGUUGGAGAAAAACAGGUUACACCACAUGAUUCAUCAUUCCUGUGAAGACGCUGGCUGAACAAGGUGAUGAAAAACAGAAAGCAGUGAAGUAGCUGGUCAGCAGAUGAGCACAUUUGAGAUUUUCAAGCCACCACAUCUAAUAAAGUACACAUAAUACCUUG